AUGGAUGUGCUUAUGAAAGACUUAAGUCUAAGUGCGAGCCAUUUGAGCAUGUACACCGGCACCAUGACCACCUCGUCCGAGAGCGAGGAUGAAACCCAUGACAAUCACUCGGUCGCGGUAACCUCGCGAACACUGGACCGUCGUUCGGUGGUCACUCCAAAUGCACCAAAAACCAUUCUGGUGUCACCUGCUUCUUCUCCAAAUUCUCUUAGCGCAUUUCGUUCGUCACAAUCACGCGGUUACACUUCGACAAAAGGCCGAAUGCACUAUGACAAGGUGUAUCACACGUAUUCUAGCACGCGAUCUGCGACACCACUUGUUGGCCAAUCGUAUAAUGCGGCAAGCAGCAAAAGUAGUCGUUUACGGGGUAAAAUUCCCAGUUUCAGUUCACUAACUGGUGGACAGACUUUAUCAACUCCUCACGUGAUAACCAUCACUGGCACUUCGUCUGGUCGGAACUCGAUUGGCAGUCGCCGAACCGCUUCUAACGUCGAUUCAGUGGAAGAUUUUUUGCAUGAUACGCAACUCAAUAAAAGUGAAUACGAUCCUUGUGGAGAGACGCAACGUCAUUCAAGUGAUGCGUUCAAGGUAGCGUGUCGCCGUGCGUUCACACCUUCGUUGGGAGACAGAACUUCGGAGUCGCGCACAUCGUCCGGUCGAUUUUCGCCCGAUUCUGCUCAAAGUUUGCCGCCUGCUUUUGCUGCACCUCCACGUACGUCGGAUAGACGGCGCAGACGACAGAGUAGAAUGCAAACGCGUUUCUAA